CUCACACAGUCACUGACACUGAGAGGAGAAAUGGCGCAGAAAGGAGUUCAGCUGGACCGAGAAACCUUCUCUUGUUCCAUCUACUGAAGAAUCCGGUGACUAUUCCCUGUGGGCACAGCUACUGCAUGAACUGUUAUUAAAAACCAGUUUGAUAAAGAGGAAAGCAAGAGAAUCCACAGCUGCCCUCGGUGCAGGAAUACUUUCAUACCAAGGCCUGUCCUGGCCGGUAUCUAUUUGACCUGACAUGACAGAUCUGCCAGCUCAGGGAUUGGUGGAAUGACUAUACCGCAGCAAUUCUGCAUGUGAAAGUGAAAGAAAAGAAUCGUGACUUUUUUUGCUGUGGAAGAAACGUUUCAGACAUUCACUGUUGCUGAGAGGAGAAAUGGCUCAGAGAGAAAAUCAGCUGAAUUUAGAGAAAUUCUCUUGUUCCAUCUGUCUGGAUCUGCUGAAGGAUCCAGUGGCUACAAGCUGUGGACACAGCUACUGCAUGAACUGUAUUAAAGGUUUCUGGGAUGAAGAAGACAAGAAGGGAAUCCACAGCUGCCCUCAGUGCAGGAAGACUUUCACACCGAGGCCUGUCCUGGAGAAAAACAUCCUGUUAGCUGAGUUGGUGGAACAGCUGAAGAAGACUGGACUCCAAGCUGCUCCAGCUGAUCACUGCUAUGCUGGACCUGAAGAUGUGGCCUGUGAUGUCUGCAGUGGGAGGAAGCUGAAAGCCAUCAAGUCCUGUUUAUCUUGUCUGGCCUCUUACUGUGAGAAACACCUCCAACCUCACUAUGAUGCAGCUCCAUUAAAGAAACACAAGCUGGUGGCCCCCUCCAAGAAGCUCCAGGAGAACAUCUGCUCUCGUCAUGAUGAGGUGAUGAAGAUUUUCUGUCGUACUGAUCAGCAGAGUAUCUGUUAUCUCUGCACAAUGGAUGAACAUCAAGGCCAUGAAACAGUCCCAGCUGCAGCAGAAAGGACUGAGAAGCAGAAGGAGCUCGAGGUGAGACGACUAAACAUCCAGCAGAGAAUCCAGGACCAAGAGAAAGAUGUGAAGCUGCUUCAACAGGAGGUGGAGGCCAUCAAUGGCUCCGCUGAUAAAGCAGUGGAGGACAGUGAGAAGAUGGUCACCGAGCUGAUCCGUCUGAUCCAGAAAAGAAGCUCUGAUGUGAAGCAGCAGGUCAGAUCCCAGCAGGAAACUGAAGUGAGUCGAGUCAAAGAGCUUCAGGAGAAGCUGGAGCAGGAGAUCGCUGAGCUGAAGAGGAAAGACGCCGAGCUGGAGCAGCUCUCACACACAGAGGAUCACAGCCAGUUUCUACACAACUACCCCUCACUGUCAGCACUCAGUGAGUCUACACACUCAUCCAGCAUCAAUAUUGGUCCUCUGAGGUACUUUGAGGAUGUGACAGCAGCUGUGUCAGAGACCAGAGAUAAACUACAGGACAUCCUGAGAGAGGAAUGGACAAACAUCUCACUGACAGUCACUGAAGUGGAUGUUUUACUGUCACCAUCAGAGCCAAAGACCAGAGCUGGAUUCUUAAAAUAUUCACAUGAAAUCACACUGGAUUCAAACACAGCACACAGAAAGCUGUUAUUAUCUGAGGGAAACAGAAAAGCAACAUUUAUGAAACAACAACAGUCUUAUUCUUAUCAUCCAUAUAGAUUCACUGUAAAUUUUCAGGUCCUGAGUAAAGAGAUUCUGACUGGACGUUGUUACUGGGAGGUGGAGUGGAGAGGGGGAGGAGUUUGUGUAGCAGCCGCAUACAAUUAUAGCAGCAGAGCAGGGAGCUUAUUUGGAUACAAUGACAAAUCUUGGGCGUUACAUUGUCAUGCAAACAGUUACCAAUUUUGGCACAACAAUGUCCAAACUGACCUCACAGGUCCUUGGUCCUACAGAGUAGGAGUGUACCUGGAUCACAGAGCAGGUAUUCUGUCUUUCUACAGCGUCUCUGAAACCAUGACUCUCCUCCACAGAGUCCAGACCACAUUCACUCAGCCGCUCUAUGCUGGACUUUGGCUUUGGGGAGAUGGAGUCACUGCAGAGUUUAUUAAAGUCAGAUAGACAAAGAAGAUAGGUUCAUGUUGAUCCCUGACUGUGGGGGGGGUCCCCCAAUAUUGGAGACAGGCGCAUUUGUCUCACCCAAAAAUUAUACCCCGGAGGAUAAAAAUACUUAAAUCUUUAACUCACGUGCUUUUAUUUUGAAGGCGCAACAUGGCGUCAUGUCACUAUGAUUUCCCCAGUCCACAACGCGUCUGAGUGUUUCGGAGGUGGAGACAGUGGCAGGAGCACAGAAACUCUUUUGAAUGAGGAGACUGGGAGAAGGAGAAUCCUCUUUCCUCUGGUCUGACUGACAUACCCGGCUGGCUACAUUAUGGAUUCCCGUGGGGGAUGGAAGAUAACGUGCCUGGCAGUACUGUUGAUUGUGGACGUGGCAUAUAUUGGUUUAUUGAUACCAGGAUUUCUCCUGAUUGGACUUGGGGAUACCUGGUUUAUCGUGAAGUUCUGGGCAGCCAUUCUGGCAUUGGUAAAGCUGUGCGAACUCAGUCAGACUCAGUAGAGCUGAAUCAAAAUGGAUUAGAUAUGGAGGAGUGUUUGAGUGUCUGUUUUUUGCGCAGCGGAGUAGAACCAAAAAUUCGGAUGAUGGGAUUUUUCAACACUGAGAGGUAACCAUAAACACUCUAAGUUCUGUCAGCAAUCAGUUUUGACAACCUGUACCAAAACAAUUGUAGCAUUUGGAAUUUGGCUCCCAGCCGGCCUUGGAUGGCUGUGUAUCUAAAUUGUCUCCUGGAGAUGUUAUGUAAACAGAUGCUCUAUGCCCCGGCCCUGUCUUGUGACCUGUGUGAACUGGUAUCCUGGAAACCAAGGCUAACUAUUCGAUCUUAUCAUGAACAUUAUCAUGAACUGCUAGCCGAGGAAGCUGGCUUGCCUCCACAGCACCCUGGCUCGCUCGUCUUCGCUGGCACAGCCCCUCCCCUCCCCACCCUAGUGCUCCCCAUGGUGUUUAUGUGCUUCUACACUACUAUGCAGAGGUUUUUUAACCUCAUACUGUGCCCCCCAUUAUGGGGCAAAAUUUGAGUUUGUUUUUUUCUCCUCACCUAUCCUAUUGUUCGCUUUAUUUCCCUUGUAUCUUGUAAAAUGGCAGCGCCUCUGAUGGCUGCAAGGCCGCAGACACAUUUCUUUUUGUUUGUUUGAUUUGUUUGUCUUUUUGGAUGGGUGUUCUGGAACUUCUUUUCAUUACAUGUCUGACGUGAAAUGACAAUAAAUUGAUUCCGAU